AUGUACGUCAAUUCCAUACGGGAUGGAAGAUUUGGCGAUGCUGUAUGGGUGCGCUACCAUAUAUAUGGAGAUGUGGAAAAUGGUAUGGUCGGUGGCUCAAACAAUAUGACAAUACUCGAUGUUCGUAAUGAAGAUGCCCUGUCUUAUCGCGUGCAUUCACUGGAGGAAUCCUUCAAGGCUUUGCUAUUUCAUGCAAAGGCUAGUAGUGCAGAUGGGCCUGCCGAUGUUAUUGAGGUUAACAAUAACCUAGAUGAGCGUAUCAUUGCUCAGUUCAAGGCUCAAGAAGAGGCUCAGCUUGAAAAUGAAGCCGGAAUGUGA